AUUUGCCGUCGAUCAACCAACCGCGCACGAACGCCCCAGCUCUGUCGUGUUUGCCAGAGGAGUUCUAAUCCAACCGCGAGGCGUACUAACCGUAUACUAACUCAAGUAAGGGCAAAAAACACGCUCCGUCUUCUUAGUGUGUGAGAGAGCGCGCGCGCGUCAUCGCCGGUUGAGGCGUUUUGCGCCUCAUCGCAAAAAAAAAGUUCCACCGCGCCGCGAGAAUCUUGCGCAGCGCAAUAAUCUACGCCAGUGUCGCUGUUGCGCGAUUGCAAGCCGGACGGAUCCACGGUAAACAAUAGUGAAGCGUAAAGAAGGAAAAAGUGAGGUUAAGUGACACCGGGAUGGCGCCUCCGAUUGCGGCCACUGCCGUGGCUGCCGCCGUCGUGCCGGGUCUUGCCGGCCAGGCGUCGAUUGCGGUCGCCGGCGGAGGUUCCUUAUCGGUUACGCCGGCCAUCAUCGCCGGACCGUCUUCUCCGGCCAAUGGCACAGCUUCCGCCAAGCAGCACCACAUUAGCGAGGACACGCUGAAGCUGAUCGACUGCGUCCGGGCCCGGCCGGCCCUCUGGCACCGGAAGCAUCUCCGGCAGCGCGUCCAGGUUGCGCACCGCGGCUGGGAAGAGAUCCGCAAGGCGUUCAAGGCCACCGACGUUGCAUCGCUCAAAGUUCGCUGGAAGACACUGCGGGACAGCUUCCGGCGCGAGGUGAAGCGCAUGGAGGACGGCGAACUGACCACCUCCAGCUGGCCUCUGUUUGAUCGGAUGUCCUUCCUGCUGGGACAUUUCCGCACCCGCGAGUGCUACCUAUCGCCGGAACUGGGCGCCAAACUGGGAGGGGGCGACGCCGAAUCGUGGAAAUUCACCGCCGACCCGGACUCGGCCAGCCAGCUCAACGAAUCGGCGGAACUUACCUCACAGGGCGAAAGUGACGAAGGAGAAGCGAUGUGUUUGAGCCGGAAGCGCCUCAAGUACCUUACGAUUCCGAGGGAUGCCGUGGUGGAGAACGGCGGCCACGAUUCGGACGAGUUGACCGUGGUGGAGGCGUACGAAACGGUCGAGACAGAUCCGGCGGACGACGACAUCGAGGUGGUGGAGGUGACCCCGGGCAAUCGGGAUGUCAUUGAGUUGCCGUCGCACCUGUUUGGCGAGGUGACGUUCAAGAACAAGCUGAGGGCUCGCAUCAAGACGGAACCGACGGAGGGUGGCGAGCGGAAACCGUUUGAGGGUGGAUUCGCGACCGAUUCAGACUAUAACUUUUUGAUGAGUUUGCAUCCGUUCAUGCAGCAGUUGAACACGAAACGGAACCUGGCGAUUAGGAUUAAGAUGCAACAGUUGAUUGCAGAGGCUAUGGAGGAUGUUGAAUAGUUGGUUUAGGGAGGAUAAAUCGGAGAAGUGUUGAAUUUCAGCCAUGAAUAUGUAUUAAUCUGAAUUUA